GAGGCGGGGCUUCCAGGGGCGGGCGUGGGUAGAGCUCCGGUGCCAACCCGGGGAGACUCAGAGCACAUCCGGUUUUAGCAGAGCUGGGGAGCUCUUGAGUGGCGGACUUAGAAGGAGUGCUGAGCAGAGUUCGGAACCAUGAACAUAUUUGAUCGGAAGAUCAACUUUGACGCCCUCUUAAAAUUUUCCCAUAUAACUCCCUCAACACAGCAGCACCUGAAGAAGGUCUAUGCCAGCUUUGCACUCUGUAUGUUUGUGGCGGCAGCAGGGGCCUAUGUCCAUGUGGUCACACAUUUCAUUCAGGCUGGCCUGCUCUCUGCCUUGGGCUCCUUGGGCUUGAUGAUCUGGCUGAUGGCAACACCUCAUAGCCAUGAAACUGAGCAAAAAAGAUUGGGACUUCUCGCUGGCUUUGCUUUCCUCACAGGAGUUGGCCUGGGCCCUGCUUUGGAGUUGUGCAUUGCUAUCAAUCCCAGCAUCCUCCCCACCGCUUUCAUGGGCACAGCCAUGAUCUUCACCUGCUUCAGCUUGAGUGCACUCUAUGCCAGGCGCCGGAGCUACCUCUUCUUGGGAGGCAUCUUGAUGUCAGCCAUGAGCCUCAUGUUCUUGUCCUCGCUGGGGAACCUUUUCUUUGGAUCCAUUUGGCUCUUCCAGGCAAACUUGUAUAUGGGGCUGCUGGUCAUGUGCGGCUUUGUCCUUUUUGAUACUCAGCUCAUUAUUGAGAAGGCUGAAAAUGGAGAUAAGGAUUACAUCUGGCACUGCAUCGACCUCUUCUUAGAUUUUGUUACACUCUUCAGGAAGCUCAUGCUGAUCCUGGCUUUGAAUGAGAAGGACAAGAAGAAAGAAAAGAAGUGAUUCGGCCACCGGCAUCCCCAGCUUGACUCCUCUCCCGCCCUCAUUUCUCUGCACACAUUACAGGUGUCGUGUUCUAUGAUAAUGAAAAGCAUCAGAAAAGCUUUUGUACUUUGUGGUUUUCUCUAUUUUGAAUUUUUUUGAUCAAAAAACUGAUUAGUGAAUAUAGUUUGGAGUUUGGCUUCACAUUCCUGAGGUUCUCCCACGAUCCCUUUUCUGUCAGCCGAUCCAUAGCCUCUUGCUCUGCUCAGGCAGCCAGUCCACCAAGAUGAGCGAGGAGCAGAUGUCCACCUUCCUGCCACAUCUCCGCAGACGGACCCUCCCAGACUGUUGCUGGAGCCUCUUGACCCUUGUGUUUGGUUUUCACAGUCCAGAGAGCCUGGACACUGUGUUUGCCCUGGGAUGGAGCUUUCCUGUCCUGAGUUAUCAGCCUGCCAAAGAGUGACUCUGGUGGCUGCUUUGCUUCCUCUCUGCCUGAAUUGGCCUAGCAAACACCUGUCUGCCUUGCCUUGAAGGGAAUGUGGAUUUGUGGGUGUUCCCUUUCCCACCAGAGUGGCCCUCAGGGACUCUACUUGCUUUCCAUCUGUGGGGUGGGAAGGCCUGAGUACAGAAAGAAGAAUGUAUGGCAGGGUAGAGAUGGCAGCUCUCAAGUUUCCCUGUUGGUUUUGUUGUUGGUUUUUAAAAUUAUCACCUUUGUUACUGAUUGGCCUCCACUAGGCGGCUGUGGUUAAGUCUUGGGGGAAGGAUAGGAAAGGAGGAUGGUUGAGCCCCAGGGCUGAUUGUACUGAAUCCUGCCAGAAAAACCUCUGUAGAACUUCAGCAAGGGACAAGUCUCCACCAGCUGAGCACUUCCUUGCAGGGGAUCUUGACUGUGAUAACUUGAAGGUGGCACUCCUAACAGCUCUUCAGUGCAUUUUUGUCAUCUGCCUGGACACUGUUAGGAAGUGUCAAGACAGAGAUUUGAGGCCGUAGGUAAUAUUCACUUACAGAUGCACUUUAGUCUUGUUUGUUCACCUGUUUCUAGAAAUUUUAGGUCUGGGCAGAAGCCAGGUGACCAAACUAUGGGCUACCAGCCUGCACAGAAAGGCGGCAUCAGGAGUUAUCAUGGCCCUGGCUAUUUGUGUUUUCAAUUCAAAGGACCAAGCCACCAAGAGCCCAUUAUAAGCAGGGUGUCACUUGGGCAGUGCAGUUGAACACACUGCCCUGUUUGCCUGCUGCCUCCACCCUGCCUCCUUGGAGCCUGUGCCCACAAGGGACAUCAGCAACUCUCCAUUAUAGUGGUUCUUUGCAAGGUCUAGGAUCUAACUUAGUUCCACCUCCUGAAGCCAGACUCCAGCUCUUGUGCUUUUUUGCUUGGGAUAAAGGAGUUUUCUUUAGAAACAGUGCCAAGAAUGAUAAGAUAUAAAACUACUUUUAAAGAAAAUGCUAACAGGUUUUUAAUACAGGUAUCAUUGUCAUCUCCACUUUCUUUCCUAGUUCUUUGGUUUUCCAGCUCAGGCUGCAUUCUUUAACUCAUACUGUGAAGACAAAGGUGUUUUUGAUUAAAAAAAUAUAUCUACAUAGUCUUAAUUUGUAAAAAAUAAAGAAAAUUCCUUAACCUUU